AUGACUGACCACAUUGAAGAUGUCAAGAAGCCUGAGUUGACGACUCAGAUCACUGACAAGGAUGAGAGGGAAUCAACCGAGUCUAUGGACUUUUUGGAUAUCUCUAACAACGCUAAGGAGAAUGAUAGCAAGGAGAAAAGUAUGUCUCUCAAGGAAGGUAUCAAGACCUUCCCAAAGGCUGCUAUGUGGUCUGUGAUUUUGUCCUCCGCGAUUAUUAUGGAGGGAUACGAUCUCAACCUUAUCAACUCGUUUUAUUCAUUUCCCGAUUUUGUCAGAACAUUCGGUGAAUACUAUCCAGAGAGUGACAGAUGGGAGAUUCCUGCUCAGUGGCAGACUGGUCUCAGUAUGGCUGUCAACUGUGGUCAAGUCUUUGGUUUGUUCAUCGCAGGUAUUGUUUCUGAAAGAUGGGGAUACAGAAAGACUUUGAUCUGGUCUUUGCUUUUGGUGACUGGUUUGAUCUUUAUCGUUUUCUUCGCUCAAAAUAUUACUAUGUUGCUUAUCGGUGAACUUUUGCUUGGUUUCCCAUGGGGUGCAUUCCAGACCAUGACUUUGUCUUAUGCUUCUGAGGUUUGUCCAACUGUCUUGCGUUUGUACUUGACGACCUAUGUCAAUGUCUGUUGGGUCAUUGGCCAGUUGAUCUCUUCUGCUGUGUUGAGAGGCCUUGUCGACUCUAAUAUUCCUGAUUCCUGGAAAAUCCCAUUCGGCCUUCAGUGGGUCUGGCCUCUUCCCAUCGCCAUUGGUGUAUACUUCGCUCCCGAAUCGCCUUGGUGGUUGGUGAAAAAGGGUAGAUACAAUGAGGCAAAGCAUUCGCUCGAAAGAUUGUUGACUGAAAAUGAACACUUGCGAGACAAGCUGGUCAUGUCGCAAGCAAUGGUGGACAAAAUAAAGUUGACGAUUAAAGAGGAAGAGGCCAUCAGUGCUGGUGUGUCUUUCAGGGACUGCUUCAGGAGAAAGAAUAUUAGAAGAACAAGAAUUUCGUGUAUUACAUGGUUGAUGCAAAAUAUCACUGGUUCCGCUUUCAUGGGAUAUUCCACUUACUUCUACUUGCAAGCAGGUUUAUCCACGAAUAUGUCUUUCACGUUCUCGAUUAUUCAGUACGUUUUGGGUAUCAUCGGAACUUUGGUCGCCUGGUUCUCAUCGCAGAAGCUUGGUCGUUACGAAUUAUUCUUCACUGGUAUGAUAUUGCAGUUCAUUAUCUUACUCACCACUGGUAUCCUCGGCUGCUUCCCUAGUGAUGCUACUUCAUGGGGUGUUGGCUCUUUGCUUUUGGUUUUCACUUUCGUUUAUGACUCCGGUGUUGGUCCAAUCACUUAUUGUUUGGUGACGGAGAUGCCAUCGGCUAACUUGAGAACCAAGACUGUUAUCUUGGCUAGAAAUUGUUACAAUAUUGCUGGUAUUAUUAUUGCCAUCAUCAUGCCCUACAUGUUAAACCCAACAGCUUGGAACUGGAGAGCAAAGACUGGUUUCUUCUGGGCUGGUUUUGCCUUCUUGGCUUGUGUUUGGUGUUACUUGGACAUGCCAGAAACCAAAAACAGAACUUUUGCAGAGUUGGACUAUUUGUUCGAAAAAGGAGUUCCAGCUAGAAAGUUCAAGCUGACUAACGCUGAUAUCUUCGAUGUUGAUGAAAUGAUGGGUAAACUUGGUGAGGACGUAGUUAGAGACAUGGUUGAGUCUAACCGUCUUGAGAAUAGCACUAUUGAAAAGCCAACUGGGGGUAACAAUGGUACAUUUUCUCGGGCGCCUACGGCGAAUAACUCCCUCUCAACCCAAGAAUGGAGUAUUGAGAAGAGUAAUCCAAAUGAAUACGACUUUGCGAUCAAUAAUCCCGAGCUGCCUUACGAUGAGGAGAUCUAUCUGCUUAUUCUCCGCAGCGAUGAUCCCGUUUGGGAUUAUUUGUACUACCGCAUCAAAAGGCUUGAAGAGAACGGGGACAACAUGACUGACAUGGAAGUCAGAGAACUUCAUUACUUGCGAGACAUGGAUGCAGACUUACGGUGGGGGUGGUUUCUUGGUGGCGAACUUCCCGGUCGGAUUUUCUUACGUUCUCAGUUCUACCGAGACAUUCUUGACACAAGAAUUACUGCCCUGAUCAACAUAUCUCGGUCUGUGGACGAGGUGCUUCAAUACGACGAUCCUGUCAAAUUUUAUUUGAUAUGGAGAUCAAAGAAGCAGUUGCGAGAGACACGUUGGGCUGAACAUUGGGGUGUGGACCCAAAGACCAAUGUCCAUAUUCCGGACCUUGACGAGGUUAUUCGCAACUUACCGGAUCAUGAGACUUCAAGGGUCUUGAAGAGAAACACCAGAGCUCACCAUUGUUGCAACCAACUUCUAACAAAACUCCUUAAGUCUGAUGAAGUACGUUAUGAGCCAGAAAUCAGGUACCUUAAAAAAUUGUUGAGAAAGUUUGAGCCCUCUCGUUUGUGGAGUCUCCUUCCUCCCGUUGGCCUUGCCGGUAACGCAGCCUGUUUCUGUGGUUUAAUGUUCAAGCCACUUACAGGAGGAUACUACUAUCAGUCCAGUGCACCCCUUGUGUCGCUCUUCUUGGCAGGCUUCGCUAUAACGCUGUGCAGAAGUGGCCUUAUUCUUUCUGCAAGACUAAGGGCUGAACACUGGUCACAAUAUGCUCUUUUGGGCCUCGCAAGCGCAUCUGGGAGAGCCAACUACGACGACGAGUACUCCUCCAUCAUGGCCCAGCUAAGCACCUUCUCCGGUGGCUCCGACAACAGCGACCUCGAAUUCCUUACGCAAAACAGCGAUGCCAUUUACAAGUCUCAGCUUCUCCAUCCCACGGGCACCGCGGCCUCGUCCGCUUUGGCUGCUGUCCUGAGCAUCUUGGGCAACUCUGAUAUUAUGCAAUCGUACGCAGGUGGCUCCUCUUUGGCCGACUUUUCCACCUUGGGCUUGGGCUCCGAGUCGGACACUUACGGUGUCACUGAGGCCGAGAGCGGCUCUGCUGGCUCCGCCACUGCUAGCGGUCUGGGAGGUUCCGGUGGAUCUGGUUCUGGUUCUGGUUCUGCCUCCGGUUCCGGCUCCGGCUCGGCCUCUCGUACUUCUGGUGGUUCUGGUGGUUCUGGCUCAGGUUCUGCUUCUGGCUCAGGUUCUGCUUCUGGCUCAGGCUCAGGCACCAAAUCUGGUUCUGCUGCCACCUCUGGCUCCUCCUCAGGGUCCGGUAACUCGGGAUCCGGCUCCAACUCCGACUCUACAGGAAACGGUGCCUCUGCUCCAUACUUUGGUGCUGGUGGUCUCGUUGCCAUUGCCGCUAUUGCUUUGCUUUAG